GGAAAUCCGAUCUUCGUUGGUUAGUGGAAAAAUUGGGCUUCGAAUGCGCCAAAGAAUGGGGAAAGAAAUUGAAAUCAUAUCAAACUGCUGCAAAUUUUCUGAAACACCAUCAAGAGAUAAAGAAAAAAAUUGAAAACGAAUAUCGUAGAAAAGCUUUGACAAAAAUCGAAAUGAAAUACAGCGAUAAACUGAAACACGAGCUAGAAGUAGAAUACAAAAAGGCACUGGAAACGUGUGAAAAGGCAAGACUGCUUUACAAAGCAAAUAAAUAUGUUGAAUGUUGAUAUUUUCUCAGUUUGCGCUGCUGUAUUUGACCAAUCUAACUGCAAUCAACUUUUUCAGAUCGCGUCUGCAAAAUUAUCUAUGAAAGAUCAAAUUUCUCGCCGUCUGUUCAAAAAUGAAAACGAAAAGAAAGACAUACCAGAAGAAGAGCACUUCUGCUAUGACUUAGUCGAGAAAAUCAUUUGUAAAUAUGCGGAGGAACUGCAGGAAAAUCUGAAUAAAAGAAUUACACCGCAACAGAUGCGAAUUAAUAUGGAAAGUGAUCAUCGCGAUAAACUGAAAGAAUAUUACAAGGGCUGCUCCGAGGCUCUACUGGAAUAUUUUGAAAAUUUGAUUGAUUUAAUCAAAAUAAGAGAAGAAAAAGCGUAUAUACAAAACAACGUAACUAAGGAAAACAUGACAGCAACGCUGACAUGUUUGAUUGAUCAAGAAAUAAUUGCAGAAGAAGAAAGACUGCAAAAGGUUAUGAACGAUCGGUAUUUUAAUAUGGAUGAAUUGGAAUCACAUUACAAAAACUUGAAGAGCAUUUUCUUGAAUAACUUGGCUUCAAGAGCAACGCAUUUUUUUCUGGGAUCGCACAUCGUAGAAGAGUUUGAAUCAAUUAUACAACAAAGAUUUGACGAAUCGUUGAAAAAAAUGAUUAAAAUAAAUGCGAAAAAUAUAGAUAUUGGAAUCAUAAUAAGCACUGAAGUUCCCCCAAACGAGUCGAUUUGGAAAAGAAUAAACAGAUUUUUUCGUCGUCUAUUCGGAUUGGAUUAGGAAUUGUGUGAUGUAAAGAACUUUGUAAUUGGUAUCAGAAACUUUCUCAAUUAUCUAUGUCUGUUAUUCAUCCUUAUAUUUGCACCGUAUAAUCCCACAUACGAAUUGCACCCAAGGGCAUUCGCACUAAUGGACUAUUACACUGAAGAUAUUUGCAUCAAGAACAUUUUCCACCACUUUAGAUAGGAAUGGAGGUAGCUGAAUAUGCAUGUGGUGGCGAAAGCUAACUUGUACAAAUGUUCGAGGGUGCCAAUGUACAUAUGUUUCAUCUUUCCUCGUGUACAACAGUACGAACUUGAUGAAGACGUUUCUAAACAUUAGUAUAGUAAAAUGAAUAAUUAUUUUUACCUUUCCGCAUAAUUAGCUCUCAAUUUAAGCGAAUUACACUUUUUGCUAUAUAUAACAACAUUGAUUUCUUUUCUGGAUUAUCGCCCUCUUUUCAAUUGUGCAAAUUACAAAUUAAUUCCACAUGAUUUAUAUUUUGGAGGUUUUUAAGUAUUAGGAUAUAUAACAAGUGAGAAAUGCUUGAAUAUACUGUUCGAUUACUAGGCUUUCCCGACAUAUUUUUCUUGCCCAUCCUAUAAGUAUUUAUGCCUGUCCCGUCCCAUGCAAUUUAAUAAAAAAAAAUACUAAAUUUAGGUUACGUGCAUAUUAAAUAUCACUACAUAAAUAAAGUGACGUGUAAAACGACUGUUUCUAAUAAUUCUGUUAAUCUGUAGAAUUUCUGAACCAUUUCUUACACGUUGCAAAUCUGAUUUAUACAGAGUUAAUAGCAAGAGCAGGUAACCUUCUUUCUCUGACCCGAUCGAAAUGAAAAUUGGUUCUGUGUUAUGUAAGCAUUAUCCCAGACGUACAUACCAAGUUUCGUCCGAAUUCAAGAACUAGAAUUGUACUCGCGCUUUAAAAUGUAAUAUUAUUUCUAUCUUUAUUCCCCCGACUUUUAGUUUUAUUUAUUUCUCAAAUUAUAUAUGGAGAUUUAUGUUAAUCCCUACCUUGUUGGUAGAAUUCUUGAAUGACUAAGUUUCCUUUUGUGUUUUUUGCUUAUUUUAUUUCAAUUUUUGACUCAUUUUAAAUCUUGGUGUCGCAGACUUAUAAUGAUCGUUUUCUGUUUUUUUUAAUCGCGAUGAAAUGCGUUACUGUAAUGUAUA